AUGAUUAAAAAAUUUGAAGAUGAAAACUGUUCCAUCACAGACAAAGUGAAGAAUUUGCGAUCGUUAGUAUCCACACGCUUAAAAUUCUGGCAAAAUUGGUUGAUCAUUGUAGACAACGUAGUACAGCUCAGCAAAAUUUCUUCAAUACUUCCACAAGUUGGUGAUCCCAUGUGGAUAAAUGGACAAAUCAUAGUAACCAUCCAGAACACAGAUGCCGUACCUCAAGAAGAUGAGUUUAACAAACAUAUUUCUAUCAGAAGUGGAAUGAAUGAUAGGGAAUGUUUUCAACUGUUGAAGCAUUACACUAUUGAAAAUGCUGAUGAUCAAUUGUUAAAUGAAGUAUCAAACGCAUUAGAUCGUCAACCGCUGGCUUUGGCUGCUGCUGUUUAUUAUAUCAGUCGUGUAAACAAAGCAAACUGCCCAUUUACUUGGGGUCAAUAUUUAAAGAAAAUAUCUUCAGAACAAGAAGAAAGCAUGGACGCCACUUUUGUGAAAUUUAACUCGGUAUAUCCUAGAAGUAUGCUACAAGCUUCACUUUUAGCUGUCAGACAAAAUGCUGAAGAAUCGUCAUUAUUGGCAAAUGUUAUUAACUUUUUUUCCAUCAUAUCGUUUGAUCCUAUACCACGAGACAUUAUUGUUUUUUAUGUUCAAGAAAUUGACACCAAAUACUCAAAAGAAGAUAUAUGUCUUUCUUUAAAGGACUGCUCAUUGUUCUUGCAUUCAGAAAAUAAUGACGUUAGUCUACAUCGCAUUGUUCACAAAGCAACCGUUGUUUUCCAAUCUGAACAGUUGAAUGAAGAACAUAAAAUGGAGCAAGGCUGCAAUUUGACUUCUUAUCAACAUACCUUUGAUCAAAUAUUUAAAGCACUUUACAAGUUUAAAGAUAGAGACGACGAAAGCAAAUUGAUGCCACAUCUUGAAAAAAUUCUUCAAUUAUUAAAGACCAACAAGACAAAAAUCAACAUGAAUACUUUACAAGUUUUCCAAUAUUUUGUUAACAGAUUAAGACAUUUUGGAAAAUACGAUCUUGCUCUUGAACUAUUGGAUGAAUUUAAAUCUGAAGAAUUAAGAUUUAACAAAGCUUGGUAUUUUACUGAGCUCGGUAAUUUAUACGAUUACAUGGGAAAAUAUGACAAAGCUAAAAGUUAUCAUGAAAAGGCUUUGGAAAUUGAAAAACAAUCUUUAGGUCCAUGUCAUGUUAAUGUCGCUGGGUCUUUAAAUAAUCUUGGUUUGGUGUAUAGUAAAAUUGGAAACUACGACAAAGCUAUAGAGUUUUAUGAAAAAGCUCUGGAAAUUAAAAAACAAUCGUUAGGUCCAAAUCAUGUUAAUGUCGCUUGGUCUUUAAACAAUCUUGGUACGGUGUUUUGUAAAACUGGAAACUACGACAAAGCUAGAGAGUUUUACGAAAAAGCUCUGGAAAUUAAAAAACAAUCGUUAGGUCUAAAUCAUUUUGAUGUUGCUGGGUCUUUAUUUGGUCCAAAUCAUGUUGAUGUCGCCUCGUCUUUCAACGAUCUUGGUAAUGUGUAUUCUAAUAUUGGAAUUUACAACAAAGCUAUAGAGCUUAACAAAAAAGCUCUGGAAAUUCAAAAACAAUCGUUACGUCCAAAUCAUGUAGAUAUUGCAGUGUCUUUAAACAAUCUUGGUUUGGUGUAUUAUAAAACUGGAAACUAUGACAAAGCUAUAGAGCUUAACAAAAAAGCUCUGGAAAUUCAAAAACAAUCUUUAGGUCCAAAUCAUGUCGAUGUCGCUAUGUCUUUGAACAAUCUUGGUAUGGUGUUUGCUAAAACUGGAAGUUACGACAAGGCUAGAGAGUUUUACGAAAAAGCUCUGGAAAUUCGAAAACAAUCGUUAGGUCCAUAUCAUGUUGAUGUCGCUGAAUCUUUAAACAAUCUUGGUUUGGUGAAUUAUAAAACUGGAAACUAUGACAAAGCUAUAAAGCUUAACAAAAAAGCUCUGGAAAUUCAAAAACAAUCGUCAGGUCCAAGUCAUGUUGAUGUCGUUAUAUCUUUAAACAAUCUUGGUAUGUUGUUUGAUAAAACUGGAAAUUACAAUAAAGCUAGAGAGUUUUACGAACAAGCUCUGGAAAUUCGAAAACAAUCGUUAGGUCCAAAUCAUGUUGAUGUUGCUGGGUCUUUGAACAAUCUUGGUGCUGUGCUUAAAAAAACUGGAAACUACGAUAAAGCUAUAGAAGUUCAAGAAAAAACUCUGGAAAUUCUAAAACAAUCGCUUGGUCCAAAUCAUGUUCAUGUCGCUGCGUCUUUAAACAAUCUUGGUGCGAUGUUUCAAAAAACUGGAAAUUACGACAAAGCUAUAGAGUUUCACGAAAAAACUAAGGAAAUUCGCAAAAAAACGUCAGGAACUAGUCAGGUUUAUGUCGCUGAGUCUUUUAAAGAAUCUUGGUGUGAUGUAUUAUGAAACUCGGGAAUAUGUCAAAGCUUUACAGUUAUAUUUUGUUAGCAACGUGUUUCAAAGAAAAUUGUACCUUCCAAAUUAUGUUAAUCCUAAUUUUAAUUCAACUCCUUUCUCCCUCAGAAGGUAUUUUUGGUAAUGAACAAAACGUUUGCAGUUUGCAUUUUGUGAGUUAAAAUGAACCUAAAGAUGUAAUGAUUCUUGUCUAUAUAUAGUUUCACUGAUACCUAGUCAAUAAACAUACUCUACAGGCCAGGAAACAUCCUAAGUAGAACUUAGAAGUGCCCAUGCCCUGAAUCUGACAUUCUCCUUUAGAUUUUUUUCUAAAUUAAUUUGUUUUUAUGUUAUAACUAAGUACUAAUUUUUAUUUUAGGUUCACAAACGUACUAAAGUAUAUUGGGAUAACAGAAUUUUAUGACAUAAAUUUUGUUAAAUAAAUACUAUCUUGUUA